AUGGGAAGCAACUAUCCGCCUUUGCCAGUUUGUACUUUAGGUGCCUUGGGCAUCUUUGGAAGUUUUGGAAACUUCGGAGUUGUAGGGGAUUCGAAACCCGAUGAGGAUGUUUUCGUUUUCUUUGUCGUUGUGGGGCGACUUGUUGUAACAUGUCUUGAUCUUGUGGGCGGAGUCUCUACUAUAACGCUACCAUAUUCAACACAAUCUCUCUGCUUCUACAUCCCUGUUCAUUUUUCAAUUAGGAAAUUCCAGCUGAUCUACCAUAAACAUCAUUGUCUAAUACUUUUCGGAGCAAUCACUCAUAUAAUCACACUAGCUUAUGGAAUUUCCAAGGCAUUCGAGCAUGAAUCCUGGUUUUGGAUACUUAUUUUUCAAGUCUACUACACAAUGUUCACCCUGAGUGCUGUCGACUUUUUUGCGGCAUGCGUGGGAGAAAUAGAGGAUUAUGUGAAUGAAACUGAAUUGGAGUCAAGUUCACCUAUAGUAGUAGUACGUGAACCAGUGCAUUUAAGAUUUAAUAUUCCCUCGUGGUUUACUGUAGCAGAUGUUAUGGAUUAUCAGGCUGCUUUGCAGGGGUAA